AUGAAAAACCAAGAAUAAAAAUAGAAUUAAUUCAAUUAUUAGUUUGACGCUGAGUGGGAUUAAGAUAAAGGUUCAAUGCUUGAAAAUAAGAGUGAGUCCUAAUAUAAGAUUUCUGAUAAACAGUAAAAGAUGAUGCUGAAGUUUGAAAGAAUAAAGAAUGUAAUAGAUCGGGAUUAUAUGUAGUAAGUUUAAACUGUCCAAAGAUAAACUGAUCCUAUCCUCAUAAAUGAAAAAAUAAAAGCAAAAGCAGAAAAUGACAAUACUUUGACACAAGAAAAGGUAAGAAGUACCUUAAAACAGUGCAUGAUUAAAAAUGAGAACUCGAACGAACUUAUAAAGCCAUUAAAGACAUAAGAAAUAAUUAAAGAAGUUAUCUAGAAGUUAAACGUGCAAAAGUCUCAAUCAAGAUAAUUUAGGACUGAGAAAAAUAUCACUACCUUGUAGAGUAAAAGCAAGAAAUUUGUGAAUAAUGAAUAUCUUAAUAUGGACGAUGAAACUUUCAUUUAAAAGCUGAACCAGAAUAGAAUGUAUCUUAGGCUCAAAAUGAUUUAGGUAUAGGAGGCGUAGAAAAUUCAUAAUCACUUACUACAUAAAUAAUGA